AUGGACGAUUCCUCCAUGGAAACCGAGACUCAUGCGCCGGAUGGCGAAUUCCCACACUCGCCAUGGGUGGAAGUAGGCGCAUUUGCUUCUCCGCAACACUCGCCGCCGAUGCCAGAAUAUAGUGCGUUCGACUUCGGCCCGUCGUCGAUGAUGGUGGAUUCUUCAUAUGGCAUGUCGAUACCGCCACCAUAUGCCACCAUGCAGCUGCCUAUGCCCUCGCAUUCCUGGCCUAGCAUGCUCGCAACGAAUUCGCCUUUUCCCGAGACCGGAAUGCAUGUUUCCGCCCCGACUUGCGUUUCGCCUACCACGCCUAUGCUACCAGUGCGGAAGACUUCUACGGGAGGCUCUACGCCGAGGAGGACUCUGACCGAUGAAGACCGCCGACAGAUGUGUCUAUAUCACGAGGAAAAUAAAACUGCCAAGCAGACUGAUAUUGGAGCAUUGUUUGGAGUGGAACGAAGCACCGUCUCCAAGGUUUUACGCCAGAAAGAGAAAUAUCUCAACCCGGAAGAUGGGAGCCGAUCUCCCAUCAAACGUGCCAAAGGGAGAGUCCCUGAUAUCGAGAAAGCCCUAUCCAACUGGGCAAAGAACUACCAAAACCAUGGAUAUGCCUUAAACGACCAGCUGAUCAAGGAAAAGGCGUUGUUCUUUGCCAGCACAUGCGGCUGCCCAGAAGGAAAAGAAAAAGUCUGUACCACAGCAUGGUUGGAAAAGUUCAAGCACAAAAACAACCUGCUCGGCGCCAAGGUGCGCAGGGGUUCUGCUCCACGCAGCAGCUCCAACAGCCCAACUAGGAUCAACACCAAUUUUGGAUCUGCCUUGCAAAGUCCCACGGGCAAUUCCCCAACAUCCCCUGAUGGAUUUGGAUCCCCAUUAUCUCCCAAGAGCCAAGAAAAUAUCAAGCGGGACAUCACAGACGCACUACCCGAUCUGACCGGCGGCUACCACGGAUAUUCCAAGAGCACCGCCUCACUCGAUACUUCCUCCGUGGGCAUGAUAAGCCCAACUUCAACCCUGGUUUCAGACAGUCCCUUUACACCAACAAGCCAAUCCCGCCUUCCCAACAACUCCAACCGACCACGCAGCCAGACUUUCCCCCUCCCAAUCGACCCAACCCUACUCUCACCGGACGAGCACAUGGAACAGCUCCACAAGAGCAAGGGCGAGCAACAGCCCCUCUCCAUCGCUACCCUGGAGUCCCCCCUGGAAAUGGACGAUUCAAAACAAAUGUUUGAUUACCCUAGUGUCACCAAGCGCAACCACAGCAAGCCGGACAUCAAAAUCAAAUCCAUGCCUCCUCCACCCCCAAUGUCCAACACCAUUUCACCGAUCAGCUCGCCCGGUUCUCCAACUCAAGACGAAGCUCGCCGUGCUCUCGAAUUAGUCCUGAACUAUUUCGACCACCAGCCUGCCGGCCUUGCCGCUCAUGAGUAUCUUACUAUGGGUAAGCUGAUGGAGAGACUGGAUCUUACCAGAACUCAGGCUGGCAUGCUGUUGAAUGGCUUGCCGCGCAUCGACGAGCACGAGGAUAUCCCCCGCGUGACCAAGAAGAGGAGCAUUCACAAUCUUGGAUGA